GAACUUUAAUUUUGCAAACGUUUUGCCUUUUAAGUGACACCUAAGUCCAAAAUAUUGUCCACCUUACCCAACUCCACCAUCUCUUCUUCAUCCUCCUUCGCCUUGUUUUCUACCGCCAUUGCCAUCGCUUCUUUUCUCUUUCACAAAACCUGAACAUUAGCAAAAAACACCACAAGUUUGGAUCUUAAUCUUUAAAUCUCAAACGACUCUUUGUUCAUAUCCAAACUCCUGUAGAAAGUUACAUUUUUUAAGGUAAUAAAGGGGAUUUAAGUGAUGGACCGCCGUUGGCUUUGGAAGAAAAAAUCAGAUAAAGCUGAUAAAGCGGCUGCUGCAGCUGGUGCCGCUACUUUGGCUUCAGUUGCAUCUCAAGUCGAUCAGGAUAUCUACAAAAAGCCAAAGUAUGUUCAAAUUUCUGUAGAAUCAUUUUCACAUCUCACUGGUUUGGAGAAUCAAGUGAAAACAUUUGAGGAACAAUUUCAGAUGUUGGAGGAUGAGAUUAAGGACUUGAAUGAAAAGCUCUCUACAGCCAAUUCAGAGAUUUCUACCAAGGAGGAGCUGGUGAAACAGCACACUAAAGUUGCAGAAGAGGCAGUCUCAGGUUGGGAAAAAGCUGAAGCAGAAGCCGUGGCAUUAAAAAAUCACCUGGAAUCUGUUACACUUUUGAAGCUCACCGCUGAAGAUAGGGCAUCACAUUUAGAUGGUGCUCUUAAAGAGUGCAUGUGGCAAAUCCGAAAUCUGAAAGAAGAGCACGAACAGAAGUUGCAAGAGUUGUUAAUUAGCAAAAAUAAGCAAUGUGAAAAGAUUAAGUUCGAGUUUGAAACUAAGAUUGCUAAUUUAGGCCAAAAGCUCCUUAAGUCUGAAGCUGAAAAUGCUGCAAUAUCAAAGUCUUUGCAAGAACGUUCUAACAUGCUGAUCAAGAUUAGUGAAGAAAAAUCACAAGCUAAGACUGAGAUUGAGCUUCUGAAGGUUAACAUUGAAUCAUGUGAAAAGGAAAUAAAUUCACUGAAAUAUGAACUGCAUGUAGUUUCCAAAGAGCUAGAAAUUCGUAAUGAAGAAAAGAAUAUGAGCAUGAGAUCUGCAGAAGCAGCUAACAAGCAGCAUAUGGAGGGUGUCAAAAAGAUAGCAAAGCUAGAAGCAGAAUGUCAAAGACUGCGUGGUCUUGUGCGGAAAAAGUUGCCAGGACCUGCUGCACUUGCCCAAAUGAAGCUAGAGGUCGAGAGUUUAGGAAGGGAUUACGGAGAUACUAGACUAAAGAGGUCUCCUGUUCGGCCUUCUACUCCACACCUGUCCACAGUGACUGACUUUUCCCUUGACAAUGCACAGAAAUUCCAUAAAGAGAAUGAGUUUGUCACAGAACGUUUAUUGGCAAUGGAAGAAGAAACGAAGAUGCUGAAAGAAGCUUUGGCAAAGCGUAACAGUGAACUUCUGGCUUCUAGGAGUCUAUGUGCUAAGACAUCAAGCAAGCUUCAAACUUUAGAAGCUCAACUUGCCAUCACCAACCAGCAGAGAAGUCCUUCAAAAGCGAUUGUUCAAAUUCCUGCAGAAGUUUACUCAAGUCAAAAUGCUAGCAAUCCACCAAGUGUGACUUCUGUGUCUGAAGAUGGAAAUGAUGAUGACAGAAGCUGUGCCGAGUCCUGGGCAACAGCUUUGAUCUCUGAGCUCUCUCAAUUCAAGAAGGAAAAGAACACUAAGAAGUCCAACAGAACUGAAAAUGCGAAGCACUUGGACCUUAUGGACGACUUUCUAGAGAUGGAGAAGUUGGCUUGUUCUUCAAGUGAUUCAAAUGCAAAUGGUGCUAUCACCAUUUCAGAUUGUACAAACAAUAAGAUAGCUGAAACUGUUAAUGGUGAUGCUUCAGGAGAGAUUUCUUGCAAGGAACUCCAGUCUGAAAAGCAGCAUAAUCUGUCUCCAUCUGUAAAUCAUGUAUGUCCUAAUAUUGAUUUGUUAGUAGUGUAUCCAGAAUCUGAUGCAGACCAGUUGCCUCUAAUGAAGCUUCGAACAAAGCUCUCUAUGGUGCUUGAAUCAAUGUCUAAGGAUCCUGACGUGCAGAAAAUUCUGGAGGACAUCCGACAUGCUGUGCAGGAUGCACAUGACGGCCUGAGCCAGCACACUGUAAAUGGAGUCUCUGAGGACAUGCACGGCUCUGAUAGCACAUGCAACGGGCAGGCUUAUCCUGGAGAUGGUAGUUUAACUGCAGAGAAUGAAAUGGCUAUGUCCCUGUGUGAUAAGGUUACUACAGAAACUGUGCAAAGUAUAAGUCAAGAAUUAGCUGCUGCAAUUUCUCAGAUUCAUGGCUUUGUACUGUCCCUGGGAACAGAAGCAAGGGCAGUUGAUGACAUAUGCUCUGAUGGCAACGGAUUAAGCCAUAAAAUUGAGGAGUUCUCUGCCACCUACCAUAAGGUCUUAUGCAGCAUUGUUAGUUUGAAUGAUUUCAUUUUUGAUCUUUCUACUGUUUUAGCUAAAGCCAGUGAAUUAAGAUUCAAUGUGCUCGGCUAUGAGGGUAAUGAAGUGGAAAUCAACAGUCCUGAUUGCAUAGAUAAGGUUGCUUUACUAGAGAAUAAGGUAACCCAAAAGGAUUCAUCGGGAGGAAGAUAUCAAAAUGGCUAUGCCCAUAUUUCAAAUCCCACUUCCAAUCCUGAGGUUCCUGAUGACGGUAACCUGGUCUCAGACUAUGAACCAAAACAAUCAAGCAAAUUUUCUUCAGAAGAGUUUGAAGAAUUGAAGUUGGAGAAAGAAAAUAUGGAAAUCGAUCUUGCUCGAUGUACUGAAAAUCUGGAGAUGACUAAGUCUCAAUUAUAUGAGACCGAGCAACUUUUAGCAGAAGCUAGAUCUCAAUUGGCUUCUGCUCAAAAGUCAAACAGCUUGGCUGAGACACAGCUCAAGUGCAUGGCUGAGUCUUAUAGAUCACUUGAAACACAUGCAGAGGAGUUAGAGACUGAGGUGAACCUGCUUCGUGUAAAAAUAGAAACUCUGGAAAAUGAGCUUCAAGAUGAAAAGAGAAAUCAUCAUGAUGCUUUAGCCAGAUGUAAGGAGCUAGAAGAGCAAUUGCAAAGGAAUGAGAACUGUUCUGUUUGUUCUUCAGCCGCUGAUAAUGACCUCAAGAACAAGCAGUCACAGGAGAAAGAAUUAGCAGCUGCAGCAGAGAAACUAGCUAAGUGUCAAGAAACCAUAUUCCUUCUUGGCAAGCAAUUGAAAUCUUUGCGUCCUCAGACAGAUAUGAUGGGAUCAACAUACAAUGAGAGGAGCCAAAAGGGUGAAGGUUUCCGUGAGAAUGAACCUACUACCAGCAGCGUGAACUUGCAAGACUUGUAUGAGGCAGAGAUAGACAUUGCUGCUUCUGGCAAUGGAAGCAAAACAGGUGCAGAGUCCCCCAUGAAGUCAUUUAACACGCCAUGCAGCCCAUCUGAUACUGAAGCAAACCUUUUGAGAUCGCCAAUCAAUUCAAAUAAUUCGAAACACAGGUCUACCAUUUCAAGCUCUUCAUCUUCCUCUUCUACCCCAUUGCUGGAGAAACAAUCACGAGGUUUCAGCAGAUUCUUUUCCUCCAAAGGGAAGAAUGACCAUUAAACCUGCAAGCUCGUAGGCAUAAAAGUUGAUGGUUGAGGAGGCCACUUAAUAAUAAUUAGAAGAACCAAAGUUUACAAACCUCAUACUUCUUUGGAUUUCACAUUCUGAAAUGAUGCUUUGGACGUCAAAGUAAUUUUGUAACUAAUGACUGUAUAUGCUAUCCAUAUCUGCUAUAUUUUUUUUCCUCACUUCAAUUCCCUUUGUAAUUUGCCCAAGUGAAUGUGACAUAGUUCUAAACUGUUCAAUAUAUUUUGAAUGUUAUUAUAUUUGGCAGUUUUUAUUAAACGAUUAUACUCUUCAUUUAAUCAUUUUCAAGCAACCGAAUAGCAGA